AUGAGGGCAGCAUAUGAACAGCAGGAGUUGAAGGGCGCCACCUGCGCCAAGGACUACACGACGCAGUGCCUGCUGGGAUUUACACGAGGCGCCGCCCUGGUGGCCGUCAAUGCAGUCCUGGAAGAGCUGGAAGGCAAGUGCGACGUCACGCACCCAGCACACAAGCGCUAUUUCCGGCACGUGAAGUGUAUGAACCGGGCUGGCGAGAAAAUUCACGGCUGUGUGACGAAGUACCAGGAAGAUCUGUACGUUACAGCCAACAGUGUGCCCCGAAAGCUCAAGAUUCCGUACGGUUGUUGCCAGUACCACGAGUUCUACGACUGCUGCGAGGAGGCCCUGGCGGAGCACUGCCAGGACCCGGACGCCAUCGAGCUGAUGCACGAGACGACGGACAACGUGUUCGGCAACAUACUCAGCGUCAUCUGCGGGACUUACCAAAAGGACUCGGCUCCGUGCCGCUCCCUCGAUGUCCUGCCGCGCUACAACGGGACUGUGCCCAGGAACUUCAUCUCGCCCCUGAAGGCCAUCGUGCGGUCACUCGUCAGUCGCGAGGACCGCUGAACAAAGCGACCUGGCGCGCCAGCGAAGUGUGCGACAGCUUUAGCUUGCCCGUGAACGUGUCACCGUUCGCUGGACACCAAAUUGCCGGCGGAGACGUAAGCGUGAUCGGCCAGGUUGGUGGCACCGCCUGGUGUCUCAGAGUUUAAUCAGAACAGACACCACGUCAUUAAGAACAGACCAUAUUCUACACAGAUGUUUGUGUAAAGUGCGGACAGCGACGUAAUCGUUAACAUGAAACCUUUCUUUAAUGUGCAUUACCAUUAAGAACAUUAAUGUGCAUUAACGCAACCUCACUUCGUUUCCUUGAAACUGUUGUACACAUACGAUGACAGACGAUGUAGUACGUCACGGUCACGCUGCAGCUCGCACGAGAGACGCCAGAGAUGACAAACCCCCUGACCUUUUCCCUUAAAGAUGAUUCCCAAAAAGAAACGAAAUCGCAAGUCAGUGCUAGUUGGCGCAACUUUGCCCGUGUCCGUCGUCUAUUGUACGUGCCCCAUUUUAGGCGCGUAUCGCUGAUGACUCACCCAAUUUCUUUAGUUUCAUUACUCCUCAAGUAGCGAGCAACCAGUCUGAGGUCCUUGGAGAAUUCGUUGUAUACCUCGUUACCUUCAGGAUGCAUGCUUCUCCGUGAGUCACUAUUUGACGGACCGAAGAACUGCAAAUUUGACCAUGUCGUCCCUAACGCGAGCAUACCUAGGUUGAAUUUGCCCUAUUUUUAGGGGUCCGAAUGUCACAACAGGUAUUGAGCAGUUCACAGUGGCAUUCAGAUGAAGAAUAAUUCAGAGCAUUUCUUUUAUCAACGUUCAUUCGGUCAUUAGACUAAGGUUGCAAGGUUGAGUAGAGGGAUACAUUGAAAUGGAGCAGCUUAGCGCAGUCUGUCUUUUCUGUUCUUUUUACAUGGAAUACCGAAGUACUUUUCCCGUGUGUACUCAUACGAUCGGGACUUGCAUUCACAUUUCAUGUUAUUUUCUAUUUCUUACCCUCCAAUUUUUUUAGAUUCAUUUACUGUAGAGUUUUCUGAUUUUCCUUUCUUUAUCAGUGACAUUCACCAGUGUUGACGUUACCGAAUCUUCCGCUGUUUCUUUUCCUUGACUUUCCUCGCUUAAUAAAACGACA